AUGACUGAUGUGUGGGGGGAUAACUUUUCUAAGUUGUUUUUAUUUCCAGGUUUCAAUGUAAUUAGGCUACUGAGCGGAUCAGCUGUAGCUCUGGUAAUAGCCCCUACUGUAUUACUGACAAUGCUUUCUUCUGCUGAACGAGGAUGCCCUAAGGGCUGUAGGUGUGAAGGCAAAAUGGUAUAUUGUGAAUCUCAGAAAUUGCAGGAGAUUCCCUCAAGUAUAUCUGCUGGUUGUUUAGGUUUGUCCCUUCGAUAUAACAGCCUCCAAAAACUAAAAUACAAUCAAUUUAAAGGUCUUAAUCAACUCACCUGGCUCUAUUUAGACCAUAACCACAUCAGCAAUAUUGAUGAAAAUGCUUUCAGUGGAAUACGCAGACUAAAAGAGUUGAUCCUGAGUUCCAACAGAAUCUCCUAUUUUCUUAAUAAUACCUUCAGACCUGUGACAAACCUCCGGAAUUUGGAUCUGUCAUACAAUCAGCUGCAGUCUCUGGGAUCUGAACAGUUCAGGGGCUUAAGGAAGCUGCUGAGUUUACAUUUGAGGUCCAAUUCCCUAAGAACAAUCCCUGUUCGAAUAUUUCAAGAUUGUAGGAACCUUGAACUGUUGGACCUGGGUUAUAAUCGCAUCCGAAGUUUAGCAAGGAAUGUCUUUGCAGGCAUGAUCAGACUGAAAGAGCUUCAUCUGGAGCACAAUCAAUUUUCUAAGCUCAACCUGGCACUUUUUCCAAGGCUAGUUAGCCUUCAAAACCUUUACUUACAGUGGAAUAAAAUCAGUGUGAUAGGACAAACUAUGUCCUGGACCUGGAGCUCAUUACAAAGACUUGAUUUAUCUGGCAAUGAAAUAGAGGCUUUCAGUGGACCUAGUGUUUUUCAGUGUGUGCCCAAUUUACAGCGCCUCAACCUGGAUUCAAACAAGCUCACGUUUAUUGGUCAAGAAAUUUUGGAUUCUUGGAUAUCCCUCAAUGACAUCAGCCUUGCUGGGAAUAUAUGGGAAUGCAGCAGAAACAUUUGCUCUCUGGUAAACUGGCUUAAAAGUUUUAAAGGGCUGAGGGAAAAUACAAUUAUUUGUGCCAGCCCCAAAGAGCUGCAAGGAGUGAAUGUUAUUGAUGCAGUGAAAAAUUACAGCAUCUGUGGCAAAAGCACCACAGAAAGGUUCGAAUUAGCACGAGCUCUCCCAAAGCCUACAUUUAAACCGAAACUCACCAGGCCUAAACAUGACAGCAAGCCCCCUCUGCCCCCAACUAUUGGAGCCACUGAAUCAAGCUCUGAACCUGAGCACGACACAGAACACAUCUCCUUCCAUAAAAUCAUAGCAGGCAGCGUGGCCCUUUUCUUGUCUGUGCUUGUGAUCCUGCUGGUAAUCUAUGUGUCAUGGAAGCGUUACCCAGCCAGCAUGAAGCAGCUGCAGCAGCGCUCUCUCAUGCGAAGGCAAAGGAAAAAGAAAAGACAGUCGCUGAAGCAAAUGACUCCAAGCACACAGGAAUUUUAUGUAGAUUACAAACCUACCAACACUGAAACCAGUGAGAUGCUGCUGAAUGGAACAGGACCCUGCACGUAUAACAAAUCAGGCUCCAGGGAAUGCGAGAUACCGCUGUCUAUGAAUGUGUCAACAUUUCUUGCCUAUGACCAGCCCACGAUAAGUUACUGUGGAGUGCAUCAUGAACUGCUUGCUCACAAGCCCUAUGACUCAAAUAACCAGGAAGAAACUAUGGAAACACACCUAGAGACUGAUCUGGAUCUGAGCACAAUAACAACAGCGGCGCGAAUCAAGGAACACAGUCAGCAUCUGGCUUAA